AUGAAAUUGCUUUUCAGUUAUAUAUUAACAUUGAUAGUGUCUUCAUUCGUUGCAAUACUGUUUGUAUGGACUUACUGGGAAGCUCAGAAAUCAGUUAUCUCUAGAAACAUUCAAGAUAUUGGACACGUAAAAUCAAAAUUUGAAAAUGUACCUAUUGGAAAAGAAAUUCUGCUGUAUCCCACGUCUGGAAAUACCACCAAACAAGUUACUAGUACUGCACCUACUAUAAGGACCACCGCUACCGCGAGGUCAAAACCUGUUAGGAUUGAGAAGAUUAUCAAAGGGAUUCCGAAAAAAGAAAAACCAUAUCGAGAACUUUUGAAAUCUAAAACUGUUUUUUACAAUCGAGUAGGAAAGUGUGGAAGCAGGUCUCUACUUCACCUAGUUCGUGUUUUAGGAAACAUGAAAGGAUUUGAGGUAUUCAACUCAAAGGACGUUACUAACGACCAUCCAAAUUUGACCGAAGUCGAAAAAGAAAUGAGAAAAAUUUCCAGAUUUAAUAAAAAACCGACUAUAUAUGAUCGACACAUACAUUUUCUUGAUUUCAAAGCAUUUGGGCUUGAGGAACCUAUCUAUAUAAAUAUGAUACGAGAUCCAAUACAGCGAUUUUCAUCUCAGUAUAAUUAUAUUAAAUACGGAGAUGCUGCUGGAGGGGUCAAAAAACCCAGGAAUGAUUUACCAAAUAUAAAUGAAUGUGUAAUGAAAAACAUUUCGUUGUGCAACGACACAAUUUUCAUGUUCUACAUUGGUUCAUAUUUUUGCGGGUUUGAUAAAGUUUGUUCGAUCAGAUCCCGCGACAGAGUCGAAUUAGCAAAGAAACAUAUCGAUGAGAAUUAUUUUGUGAUUGGAUUAACAGAAGAAUUUGAAAAUACUAUAAAAUUACUGGAAAAAAUGCUUCCAAGUUUUUUUAAAGGAGUUACAAGGUUAUGGAAUAAACAAAUGAAAAUGUGGAAGUCCAUGACAACGACAAAACGAAGAGAAACUUUGACCGAAGAAUCAAUUGCAAAAUUAAAAAAUAGUUAUUUUCUGGAUGAAUAUGAAGUUUAUAAUCAUGGUCGAAAAAAAUUUGAGCGACUUAAAAACGAAUUUGGCAUUCAAUGA